AUGUUUACCCUGCGGAAACUCGUCUCCGCCCUCCUCCUUGCUGGCGUGGCUCUGGUCUUCUUCGCGCAGACCGCCGAGGCCACGAAGGGCCCCAAGAUCACCCACAAGGUCUACUUCGAUAUUACCGAAGGAGAUGAGCCUCUCGGCCGCAUCGUCAUUGGCCUCUACGGCAAAACCGUUCCUAAGACGGCCGAGAACUUCCGCGCUCUCGCCACCGGCGAGAAGGGUUUCGGAUAUGAGGGCUCUACCUUCCACCGCGUUAUCAAGCAGUUCAUGAUCCAGGGCGGUGACUUUACCAAGGGCGACGGCACCGGUGGCAAGUCUAUCUACGGCGAGAAGUUCCCCGAUGAGAACUUCAAGCUCAAGCACUCCAAGAAGGGUCUCUUGUCCAUGGCCAACGCCGGCAAGGACACCAACGGCUCCCAGUUCUUCAUCACCACCGUCAUCACCUCUUGGCUCGAUGGCCGCCACGUCGUCUUCGGCGAGGUCCUCGAGGGCUACGACGUCGUCGAGAAGAUCGAGCAGACCCAGACCCAGCCUGGCGACCGCCCCGUCAAGACGAUCAAGGUCGCCAAGAGCGGAGAGCUGGAGGUGCCCCCUGAAGGUAUCCACGUGGAACUCUGA